UCCCCCCGGCUAUUCCUCGCCAGGGCGAAAAUCGCCCGUCUCUGAAUCCAGGUGGCUUCACUUGAAAGCCAAGAGCCCAAUGCACCCUUCCCCCCCCCCACCUUAGCUGAAUGUCCCUAUUUCUGCAGCACCCAACAUUGUCAUGGGGUGAAAACACCGCCGCUGUCCCUCUGCCAGCCCGCAAUAAGGGGGGUUGUUAAUUAUUUUUUAGUUAGUUAGUUUCCUUUUCCCCUUCCCUCCCCCCGGCCGGCUGGGCAGGUCUAAGGAUGUUGCUAGAGCAGGUGUCCAGAAGAGAAUCUCUCUCUCUCUCCACUGAUGGGCUAUUGGUGGGAUAUGCGAGGCUGCCUCUCUCUGUCUGUCUCUCCCUCUGUCCUCCCCCCUCCCCCCGAGGGGGAAGGAGGGGGGGGUCUCUGAAGGUUUGGCUCAGUCUGGUAGAACAAGUCUAUCUUACAACGUCGGGGGGUCAUUAAUAACCAAUUAGGAGGGUCACUGCCGCCCAUAUAUAACCGGCUGGGAGAGUUUGCCAAGAGGAAUCUGUCAAGAGGCAAGGAGCCCAUCGCCCCAGGCUGAGCAGCGCUCCGCGCCUGGCUUCCCCGUCCGCCCUCUGCGCCCGGCUGCCCGGUGAUCCCUCUCGCUCCCCGCCGCCGGGUUUCUAUGAUGGGCUCCGUGCUCCCCGCGGAAGCGCUGGUUCUCAAGACGGGGCUGAAGCAGCAGGGGCUGUCCCUGGCGGAGGUGAUCACGUCGGACAUCCUCCACAGCUUCCUCUACGGCCGCUGGAGGAACGUGCUGGGGGAGCAGCUCUUCGAGGAGAAGAACAGCCACAGUAACCCCAAAACGGCCUUCACGGCGGAGGUGCUGGCUCAGUCCUUCUCGGGGGAGGUGCAGAAGUUAUCCAGCCUGGUCCUGCCCUCGGAAGUGAUCAUCGCCCAGAGCUCCAUCCCCGGGGAAGGGCUGGGCAUCUUCUCCAAGACCUGGAUCAAAGCCGGCACCGAGAUGGGACCUUUCACCGGCCGGGUCAUCUCGCCGGAGCACGUGGAUCUGUGCAAGAACAACAAUCUCAUGUGGGAGGUGUUCAACGAAGAUGGCACUGUCCGCUACUUCAUCGAUGCCAGCCAAGAAGACCACCGUAGCUGGAUGACCUACAUCAAGUGUGCCAGGAACGAGCAGGAGCAGAACUUGGAAGUGAUCCAGAUAGGAAACAGUAUAUUCUACAAGGCCAUUGAGAUGAUUCCACCAGACCAAGAGCUGCUGGUCUGGUACGGGAACUCCCACAACACCUUCCUGGGGAUCCCGGGCGUGCCGGGCUUGGAGGAGGAGCAGAAGAAGAACAAGCAUGCUUUGCCUGCAGGGUCCCUAUGGCCAAUCAUCCCGAAUAGCCUGUGGCCCAAAUCCAGCAGUGAGAGAGCCCUUCAUUCAUCACUCCCACGCGGAGGAGGCUUCCUGCAUGAGGACUUCCACACGGUGGAGACGGGCGCCAGCACGGCCGGCCGCAUGCGGUGCGUGAUCUGCCACCGUGGCUUCAACUCCCGCAGCAACCUGCGCUCCCACAUGCGCAUCCACACCCUGGACAAGCCCUUCGUCUGCCGCUUCUGCAACCGCCGCUUCAGCCAGUCCUCCACACUCCGCAACCAUGUGCGCCUGCACACCGGGGAGCGCCCCUACAAGUGCCAGGUCUGCCAAAGUGCCUACUCCCAGCUUGCUGGACUCCGGGCCCACCAGAAGAGCGCAAGGCACCGACCUCCCAAUGCCUCCCUGCAGUCUCACUCCCCAGCCUUGCCCGGGCCCCACCCUGCUUCCCUGGCGCAUCACAUACCGACAAUGGUGCUGUGAGCCGCUGUCGAGAUGCCGGGUUCCGGGCAGGCAUUUCCAGCUGUUGCAGACUGGCAUUGAUAAUGCUGAUGAAUUUGUUGGCAUCAACCCUUCAGGGAGGGGUGGGGGGGGGCUGGAGGGAAUGAGGACGGGGCAGGGCCAAUUUCUUAAUUAAACCGUUUGCUGACAAAGGGGCACCUCUGUUAAACCAUUGCCAUUCCCUUGGGGCUUAGGGUGUUAUCUUACCAGUGCGAGACAUGAGCCCAGCCCUGUGAUCCAUUCAGUGCAUCUUCUCCUUGCUGAUCAGUCUGGGCCAGGGAGCGUCAGGGCUCCAACCAUAGAGGAGGCUGUGUGAUAAGCUUCAUUGUCCCGGGUGUUUGGCAUCAGGCAGUGAGUGGCAUAAAGGCAUUUGGGAGGGUAAACACACUGAGAAUGAAAAAUAACAUGAACCUUAAUGUGAAGACACCGGUAUAUGGAGUAGUGGGGGGUGGGGAAGAGCCAAAAUGCUGAUUUGUGAAACAUUUCCCAAGGACUUUUGUGUUCAAUUCCGUUGGAGGAAGAGAUGAAAAAUUGCUUUCCCCUCUAUUGAAGUUAGCACAGCUGGAAGGCCAGAUUCACCCUUGGUGGGAGCCGGCACCAUUCUGUUGAAGUCAGUGCAGCUGGGCCUGUUUACACCAGUGGUAAUUUUGGCCCCAAAGCUGUGUCUGCACUGGGGAUAUUUACAAAACCCUAUUCUGAUGUUAGUGCUGGUGGGAUCAAAGUACAGACAAAAAUCAUGGGGCCAGGCCCCAUUUUUGUGACCGUUUCCGUUAGGCUUGGAGUCCAUGCUAGACCCCCAGCUGGUCCCCAUGCCAGUUCAGCUGGUCCACCACAUCCCACGCCCGGCUGAUCUGCCGUGCCAGAGCUAGCACCAGUGGGAAGGAUCUUUUGUAAGUUUCCAGACUCAAGUGUAUUAGUUCAAAAAACACACCCCUAGUUUUUCCAUGUCUAAGCUGUGCACAUGGUAAGACCUCUGAAAUUGCACACGGAUCUGAGCUUCUGCCCAUGCAGACAGGGGACAUGCAAAGCGGCAACUGAGCAACAGGCUGUUGAUGAAAAUUUGCGCCAUCAUGCGCUCAGGAAAUGGAGAAUCAAGCAAGUUGCCUGGUGUCACCAAAAGCAUUUUUCCAGGAUGUGUGUAAGCUGGGGUAGCUAGAAGUGCCCCCCCACACACACACUCAGCUCACCUUGCCAAGGCCACCUCCCACGCUGCAUGGGUGUUCCUCCUUCAUCUCUAAAGUAGGGCUGGUGGUCCUUCAGCAGAUCCAUAUCUCUAGGGUCUAUUUAAACUCUUACCUCUACUGCCCUCUGGAGACCAGAGAGAAAUAAUUCCUUUGGCCAAACCACACCCAGAAUACAGUCCGGAGCGCCCCCUUGAGUCCUGCCACAGUUAUGAACCCAAUAAGAAGGGUUUUGUGAAAUAAAAUAUAAAAAAACUAUUAUAAUAUUAUUAAUUAUAAGUAUACGAUGUAUAGAGUUUUUGCAAACUGUGUUUUACUUCCAGAAAACAAUUGUCACUUUACCUUUGUAAAUAUUUAUGUAAAACAUUAUUUACAAAACUUUGAUAUUAUAUAUUAUUUGAUGGUAUAUGUACACAGCUGUAAAUACAUUUGUACCUCUCUCUCUUGUAUUCUAAAUAAAAAUUACU